AUCUCCAUCUGGGAGGGCAGGAAUAAUGACGGUUUUCACACCAGUGAGCACCUCUGCUCUUAAUGGAAGCAGCUGUCAGAUCCCAAGCGGAAAGGGAACGUGUGAAGGACCCGUCUCAUGACAGAAACUUAUUGCCAGUUGGAACAAAGCACAGAAACGCCAGGCUUUUGUACAGGUAACAAAAGCUCACGCUGCUUUUCAGAAAACGAGAGGUUUGUUUUCCUCCCACGGCGCUGUGCGGUGCGUCGGCUGCCACCACCCCCAGAGCCGAUUGCGUUUCAGUCACCUCAUAAUGGCACACUUAUUGUUUCUUCCACCUGUUGCGCCCUGUCACUAAACUCUUUGCAGUCACUCGGUGUCUGAUCAACUACUAGUGAUGCUUUCGUUUUCUCUUAAAUGCUAAAUAAUGAUCUGUGGCUGUGGAGCCUCGGUGGCAUCCCUCAGCCGAAGAUGUACGGUGUAAGCGAAUGCAAAGCACCCCCAGUUAUAAACAGAUGUUAGGUCACUGCUCAGCUCUCUCAUUAAGGCAAUUAGUGACCUGUAGAAGAUGAUCAAUCAGGGAUUUUAUUCAUCUCGACAUUGUUGUCUGGUUGCCUGCGCUGAGGGAUGCUGUUUAUAGUCCAGUUUCUAAUCUCUCCCUUUCCUGCUCAUUAUUAUUAUCAACCCAAAGUGCCUUUUUGCUUCUGUUACCAAAACAGAAUCCCCACCGCCACCGUUUUAGCAGCUAACAUCCACAAUGGGGGCAACUGAUCCAGCACAGGAGUUAAAUAUAACCGUGCCUAGUGUAAGGAGAAGAUUUAAUGGGAAAUGGUUGGCAUUCUUGCUUCCUAAAGGCACGGCGAGGGAGCGAGAGCGGUCGGAGCCGUACACACACACGCAGACACACAGACACACACGCAUCCCGCAGCCAGCGAGGAAAGAGGAAGCGAGCAGGCAAGACAGACAGAGAGGCAGAGUAGAGAGCGAGCAAGCCCCAAAGCAGAGCUGCGCCUCCAGGCUGCAGUUGCCCAGGGCGCAGGCAGCAUGUUUGCCCUCAGCCUUGUUGCCUGGGGAUUUUACCUUCAGCUUGUCUCCUGCUUUGCUUUCUCUCAGACUUCGUACGUUGACAAUGCCUUCUCAGUUUCCUCAGAUCUCCCUUGUUUGGAACAGAAGAAACAGCUUCACCGCAGACCAUGCUGUCUCCUCGGCCCUCCUCCACCGCCCCUGUUUCCACCACCGUACUUCAGGCACAGCUGGAGCACUAAGCUGCUUACUCUGGACAUGAAGGACUUGUGCCAGGAGCUCCAGAUAACAAUGCCCGACUUGCAUUGCCCCACAGGGCCUCCUGGCCCCCAGGGUCCACGAGGAAUUCCUGGCAUAAUGGGACCAAAAGGAGAGAAAGGGGAGAUCGGCAGGCCAGGAAGAAAGGGUAGACCAGGUCCCCCGGGUGUCCCUGGGAUGCCAGGACCAGUAGGAUGGCCUGGACCUGUGGGACCAAAGGGUUUUCCAGGAACUAGAGGAGAAAAGGGAUCCAGAGGUGACAGAGGUGACAAAGGAGUUAAAGGAGACCAGGGAGAAGUAGGCUCUCCUGGGAUGCUGGGACAGAAAGGAGAGAUGGGCCCCAAGGGACAAUCUGGAGCACCGGGACACCGAGGACCUAUAGGAAGACCUGGAAAACGAGGCAAACAAGGACAAAAGGGAGACAUCGGACCCGUGGGUAUCAUGGGCCCACCUGGAAGGCCUGGUCCUUCUGGCCAGCCAGGCCCCCCUGGACCUUCAGGAUCAGGGCAAUUCGCAAUAGGACCAAAAGGGGAAAGAGGACUUCCAGGACCUCCAGGGAGAUGUCUCUGCAGAUCCCCACAAAAUAUGAAUAAUCCAUCAUAUGAGGAAUCUGUGUUUGGACACAGUUAUCCAAAAGUCCCGGCGAUACGUAGCUCAGUUUGCAGAACUGGAUUCCAUGGCAAUUCGAAAUACUUCUUGAGAGAGUUACCAACCACCUCUUUUUCUGUACCCCAGAUUUUUGUGGUGAAUAAUCAAGAAGAAUUGGACCGAUUAAACACCGAAAAUGCCUUAGCUUUUAGAAGAGAUCAGAGAUCUUUGUAUUUCAAGGAUACCUUUGGAUGGCUCCCAAUCCAGCUCAGCCCUUUCUACCCCGUGGAUUACCGCUUCGGGGACGGCAGUACCUGUGGAGAUGGGAUCAUCCAGGAUGGGGAAGAGUGUGAUGAUGGCAACACAGUUGUGACAGAUGACUGCAUAAGAUGUCGCCGUGCUUACUGUGGAGAUGGCUACAGACAUGAGGGGGUUGAAGACUGUGAUGGGAAGGAUUUUGGAUAUUUGACAUGUAAAACAUAUCUCCCUGGGUCUUACGGAAAACUGCGAUGCACUUCUUACUGCUACAUCGACUCCACACAGUGUCGAUACUUCACAUGAGGGGAGCAGAGGUGGGCAGCAUCCUAUGUGUCAUGGGGUGCUAGGUGCUACGCUAUCAUCUAUCCAGGAAGGACUGGAACAAGAGAAAAAAAAAAAAAAAAAAGAAGAAGAAGACAAAAAAAAAACACUUCUGUGUGAAAAACAAACAAACAGAUGUCAUGCUGCUGAUGGCCAUUUUGAGAUGUUUGUCUUUUUUUUUUUUUUUUUUUUUUUUUUUUUAAGUUGGAUUGGGAAAAAAUAGGACCACUGCAUCCUGUCUUAAUAGAGAAAUGUCAAACAGUGUUUGCCAGUAAGACUUUUGGGUGGCUGUGUGUGGGAACUUGCUCUAUCACAAAUGCUACUGGAAACUGAAUGUCACUAACCAGGAACAUCAUGACAACAUUAAGACAACAUCAAGACAACAUUACCUCGACUUAGCACUGUUCAGCCUAAAUCUAAGUUCUUCAGGGUUUUUGUUUUUCAACCUUCUCAGCAUAAACACAAAGUGUAUCUUGGACAUGGUGUUUAUAGAGACUUUCUCUUUUAUUACAAUGUGAACUUCCUAAGUGUUGUAUCGACGUGAGUGAUGAUGACUUCAGCGGCAUUAAGGUCAGCUGCACGCCUUUGUGGAUUGAACGAGCAGGGGUCUUUCAGUAAGUGCUUUACAGACCAGCAGAUGGGGCAAAAAACCUCCAGGCAAUGAAUUUGGGCUGCAUCUAUCUGCACCCAUCCACAGAAAUGUGAGCUGUCUCACCGGGUCUGAACCUGCAGACCACAAAGGCCGGAGUGGCCAAACAAAGGGUGACACAGGAUGAGCCUAUUUCUUUUUUACACCUUUGCCAAGCUGGUUGCGUUCUGCAUGAGCCCAAAGAGACUGGGGCAGUGCUGGUUGCCCUCCUGAAACCUCAACACGGCCAUGUACACGUGGCCUUCACUCCGGUUUCUGUACUGGAAGGUCUCGUUGUUCUCCUCCCCUUGUCCAGCCGAUCUUCGUCCUUCUGUGCCAGCUGCGCCCUGUCCUCUCUCCCCGUGCACUGACCCCUCUCGACUGCUCUCAGUUCCUGCCAUCGUGUCUGGAGUACCCCAGUGUGCCUCCUCACUUUUGUAUCUCUGUGAAACAAAUCCCGGCCUAGAGUGUUUGUGGGUGCUGAUUCAUGCUGUAUAAUGUACAUAUAUAUAUUUGUUUUUCACAGGUUCGGUCAACUCUGUUAGCUCUGAUAGGAGUCAGGGUAAUUAUAUACUUAUUUAUUAGCAAGCAUUAAAGAGUAAAUUUUACAUAUUAAAUACGUUAUGUGCAAAACAGUUCAUAACAGAAGAAAAUGGUGCAGAGAUGUGCAGAAUUCAGGACUAAGAGCCUCAAAUCAAGGUGUUAUUUUCAUACAGGCCACUCUUUUCUGCUUUGCCUUAAAUGCUGCACUUGAAUGUUUGAAAUGCGUGAGUUGUUUGUAACAACGACAGCUGCACUUACACAGUCACUUCUGUAAAGGUUAAAUAAAGGUGGGUGUUACUUUGUGAUGGUAAUGCAUUAAAGCAACCGAGAAAUACAUACAACUUUUACCAGCUGUAUAGGAGAUUUUAACUCUGCAUGUCCAAUGUGAUACUGGAAAUCAUCAAUUAAAUGAAAGACAAACAAAAUUAGUGUACUCUGUGGCCAUUGCUUACCUGGGCUGUUUGUGCUGCUGCGAAGCUGAGCCACCACCAUUUGCAGCCCGGUUCACUAGUUCACAACACUUCUUGUGGCUUUUUAAAAUUUAAUCAGAGGUCUUAAUAAAAGGCCAAGGAACCAAUGGGGCAAGGAAUAUGGCAUAAGCUCUGGAAGUCCAUGCGCUAGAAGAGCUGCCUUUUAGUCUCCUGCCCUGGUGCAAGCCAUGGGUUUCAGCAGCACCACACUAUCCCAGUGGGAUCUGUUGCCUUCUCCAAGGAGCUCAUCUCUACUUGCAGCCCCCAAAAGGCUGGAGUCCUGGAGAAAUUUUAAGUCCAGCCUUAAGUCCUGGUGUUUUUUAAAGCUCGUACCUGCAAAAGAGGUUGUAAAGCCGAGCACAUCAAGGGCAGGAAACAUACAAAGGAGUUGAGAUAACUUAUGUAGGAUUGUCAUGUGCUGCAUGUGUCCAGGAAGGUGUGCAUCAGAAAACAUUUAUAAAGUGUGGAUUUUAAAUGGACUUUAUGAAUACAGCACAAACAAUUCAGCAUCUUAACAAAAGGAAAGGAACAGAAGAUACAAGGAAAAAAAAAGGACUGGAACAAUUUUCUUACUACAAAUGAUUUCUUCUUCCCCUCAGACAAUAGAGCAUUAAAAAACACAUCUGGGAAGGUGUUAAGUAUCUGUGACAUAAAAGACUGUAAAAAAACCUUCCUCCUUUUUCAGAUGUACCUGCUUUAUUGUUACCUGGGAUUCUUCAGCUGGACGGUGCCUGGGCUGCUCUGAGUUAUCUUCCCUCCUUGUCUGAGUUUCUUAAUGUGUUAAGCCAAAUAUAGCUCAAAAGUUAACUGAGGUAUUUCAGUUCCUUGGCCUUUUGUAGGAACGAAUGCCUGUGGGAAGGUUUUCUAAUCAUUAGUAUGGAGCCAUAGGUGAAUACAGAAAGAGUACGAGCUUGCAUUGUGCGCUGUAUUAAAUGUAUACUAAAAAGCCAGCUUGCAUUUAGUAUGUGAUUAAAUAUAUGUAGUUACCUACUGCAUGUAUUAACAGCUCAUGUCAAUAAAUCAUGCCACCUUAA